GAGUAUUUCGGGAUUUAUACUAUUUAUUCCCUUUGGCCCUCUCUGAAUUGGGAGUAUAUCAAUUCAUAUACAAUCGCCAGCUUUCAGAUUUCCAAUAAUUGAACCAUCAAUCGCAAUCGCGACAAUGGGAGAAACGGAUAAGGAUCUAGCAAAUCCACUGAAAAAUGAGGAGAUCACUGGACAAGCAAGCUCUCCUCAAUCCGAGUAUGAUAGCCCAAUUGAGAGUAGUGAAAAGAAAAAACACCCAGUGAAAUGGUACCGGUCCACCUUCUAUAAUGCCCUUAUUUUAGGCAUCUGCAAUUUCCUCGCCCCGGGAAUCUGGGGUGCGAUGAACUCACUGGGUGGUGGUGGUAACGAGAAACCCUACUUAGUCAAUGCCGCCAACGCAUUGACUUUCUGUCUGAUGGUUUUAUCUUGUUUCGCUGGAAGUAUCAUCGUUAAAUACAUCGGUAUUAAAUGGACCUUCAUAGUGGGCACAAUCGGUUACGCCCCCUUUGCCGCUGGACUGUAUACGAAUAAUCGGUACGGAACUGAGUGGCUCGUCCUGCUUGGUGCCGCGCUCUGCGGUCUGUCAGCCGGUAUAUUUUGGAUGGCUGAAGCCGCUAUUGCGCUCGCAUAUCCGGAGCCGUAUAAUCAAGGGCGCUUCCUGGGUUUUUGGCUUAGUUUCCGUGUUGGUGGCCAGAUUCUGGGAGGAGCAGUCAACAUAGGAAUUAACGCAAAGAAGAAUACUGCUGGAAAAGUGUCGUAUAGCGUAUUCGAGCUCUUUAUUGCACUGCAAGCAUUAGCUCCUUUUGUUGGCCUGCUGCUCUCGCAGCCAAAGCAAGUCCAGAGAACCGACGGACUACCAGUUCGACUGAAGAUUCUGAAUCACAAAUGGACUGCGGAGCUGAAAGAAAUGGCAAAAUUGUUUGUCCGACGUGACUUCUUGUUCAUUGUCCCACUCAUCUCGCAGGCUGUAUACAGCGAGGCUGUUUUUUUCACGUAUGAAGAUCUGUGGUUUUCCGUCAGAGCACGGGCGUUGGGAUCGUUUUUGUCAGGCGUAGUCGCAUUGAUCUCCGGAAAUAUUUUGGGUGCUUUCCUAGACAGAAAGCAACUUUCUCUCAAGUCACGAGCUAGAGGAGCUUUCUUCGUGGUUCUGACUCUGCAAGGUGCAUGGUGGCUAUGGGGUACAGUGUUAGUCACGAAUUUCCGUAAAACCAACCCUAUAUAUGAUUGGUCGAGUCCUGGGUUCGGGAAAGCCUUUGCGCUGUUUUUGUUCUGGGUUAUUGGGUUUCAGAUCAAUUACCUAUAUCUAUACUUCGUUGUUGGCAACCUGGCUAAGGAUGAGGAGGAAGUAAUCCGCAUUGCGGGUUUGUUGCGCGGUACUGAGUCUGCAGCCCAGGCUGUUAGUUACGGCCUCUCCAGUGUCACGAUCAUGGCUACAGUCGGUAAUGUGUAUUUGAACUUUGGCCUGUGGGCUUUGGCUCUCAUUCCAGCGUGGCUUGUCAUCAAAGACAUUGGCGUGACCAAGGGGGAUUUGAAAAUUGAACGCGAAAGAGCUCUAGCUGCCGAAGUAGCGUAAUACGG